AUGAGUGAUUUUCAGGAGAUGAGGACAAAUAAGCGCUAUCGGGAGAAAGAGGGAAAUUAUCUCCGCUCGGGCUCGAUCUCGGAGAGGAGCGAGAAGGCGCGGGCUCUCUUGCUUAUGACCAGCUGGCCUUUGGCCUCACUCCGUGCCAAGCCCGUCGUCCUCUGCGGGCUCGACGCCAGCGCGGCGCACUCCCUUCCGCCAGUGUCUGAGCCCCCUCCUAUUCCACCUUUAAGGUCGACCUCCGCGUCCUUUUUUCCGCGUUUCUCGCGAUGCAACUCUUGUCGGCCGUGCCCCCCAACAUUCCGACCUCAUCGCCAGUCCGCGCGACGCCGUCAUGCCGAAGGUCGACUUCUCCGCUUUUCCUGCGACGACGACGACGAGCCAGCUCCGUGGAUCCUGAAGCUCUUCAAGUCACUCGCUGCUACAAAUGAACGCUCUCCGAAAAGACUCACUAUAUGCGGCUUUUUACCCCUCCCAUCCAUUACCGCAUCCCCCAUCUGCACCCCGACCCCAAGUGUAUCUUCCCAGGGCCAGAGCGAGCCUGCUCUCGUACAUCCUCCACCCGAGACACCGAAAGGUUCCCAACUCGUUACAAAUACCGUGUCUUCACGCGUUUUAGUACCAUCUUCGACGCCCACCUGGAUCGCUACUCCUCCCACACCCCCUCCCAAGCCUCUCCGGCGUUCCAAUACCGCGGCCGCACGACGCUCGCCUUUUCCACCACCCUCUUCAUCUGCCUCAUUCCCUGCCUCAAUGCAUCCGCAUGCAACUACAACCAGGUCCAAGACUGUCAAGCGCUCUGCCUCGGUUCCGACACUAUCACCCUCCUUUUCAGCCUCUGCCGACACUUUUCUCACUUUCAUGGACGCCCAGCUCGUCCAGAGCCCGACCACUAUCUUUGAUUCUUCCGUCAUCAUCGAGAACACCUUUGACGCCACAUUUUCUGUCAUUCACGGGGAUCACGGCCCGGACGACAACCGCGCGCAGAAAGAGCACGCGUCGGUUCCUAUUUUCCGUCUCACCAACAAAGGACGCGAGUCUGAAGAUGGCGAAGACGGCGAUACACUGCGUAGCCUCCGUGAGACGUCUACACCGAUGGAAGAAGCCAGUCCGACAGGAAGUUGGAGCGAUCACAGCGUAGAAGACAUCUGGGAAGCAGAGAAGAACAAGGACGCUGUCCGUAAAUUCCACGCCCUCAAAGAGCUUCUCGCCACGGAGGUCGGCUAUCUUAUGGAUUUGAAGGCUUUGGUCACGGUUUACCUUCGCAAUCUCCCAACUUUGGUCGCUCGACCCGUGGCGACAAGUUCUACAUUUGGUCGUGCUUCUGCGUCCUUCACCACAGGCCCGUGGAUGCACUCGUAUUCUCAACUUCAGGCGGCUGCAGCGUCUUCGUCUACCCUACCUGAAACGCACGACCUUGCUCAAUCUUCGUCCUCCACCAAGGAGCCAUCAAAAGCCAACUCGCGCUAUAUCUUUAGCGACAACGAGCUUGAUUUAUUGACCCGCAAUGCGGAAGAGAUAUUGCAGCUCCACGAGCAUUUCGUCAGGGAGCUUCGCAGCAUCCUCGAGCCUCUCGGCCACGCCAUGGAGCAAGAAGAGGAUGACAAGAAGCCUCUUGAUUUAUCGAAGGUCGACCCAGCUAUACGUGCCGUUUCGACGAAAUUCGCCACUGAGGCUUCCCGUUUUAACGCAUAUCAGUCGUUCUGUGCAGGGCAUCCGGAAGCCAUGGACGCGCUCAGAAGAGCCUUUCAACAAUACCCCUUAGAAAUGGCCGACUUCGAGCAACGCUGUGGAGUGCUUGUAUCCGAUAUGCUGGAUCCUGGUCUGAAGCCGGCCUUGUCUGAACCCCGUCCACAGUCUACUCGGAGCUCGACCGACUCUCCUCCACCAAGUCAAAAGUUAACAGUCGAAGAUCGCAAACGAGCAAUGUCCUUGACGUCGCUCGACGGCGCAGUCCGUUCUUUACGGCCUCGUGCCAGUGUGGUCCUGGCGAAGGACUCGGUUACUUUUCCAACAGAGCCACCACCACCAUCAUCGAAGCGCGAUAGCAAACCCUCUCGGCGGAUUGCAUUUGCAGACUACAUGAUCAAGCCCAUUCAGCGAAUCUGCAAGUACCCCCUGCUGCUCGACCAGCUCCUGCCUUCGAAGGCCCUGCGGACGUUGUCGCAGAACGCGCCGGAACUCCGGUUCGAUGUCGACGUUGUGGUGGAGAGCGCCGCGCAGGUGAUGAGGCAUGUCGCGACAGACGUAGACGAGGCGCGACGCCAACAGGACAUCGCGAUCCAGUCGUCGCUCAUCUUCUCGCGCAUGUCCCUCGGAUCUCCAGCUACUUCCUCUGGUGGCGGCUCUCCAUCAGCACAGUUGCUCACACCCGAGUUUCUUUCCUCCUUGGGGAACUGUGUCCUUUCUGGGUCGCUCGACGUCAUGCAUUAUCAUCCCAACCAGCCCCUCGCUCAGACUACGAGCAUCAAGGCGAAGUAUCUUGGUGCUUUCCUGUAUUCGGGCGGAUACUUGAUCUUGGUCAAGGUAUCGAAGGGGAAGAAGUACGAACCGAGGCACUGGUUCUCGCUCGCUGACUUUGAGGUCUCUGACGUCGAGGGUGAUAGUGCAAUGCUUCCAUGCUCAUUCAGGCUCUCGUCUGGCGAACAGCACUUUGAGCUUGCAGCCGCGUGUCAGCGGGAGAAAGACGCCUGGCUGAGCUCCAUGCACGAAUCGUUGACCCACCUUCCCUCAUGGACCAAUGAGCCUACACCGAGCUUCAAGGUUGACGGCAAGGGGGAACUUCUUCCUCCAGCAGCUGAUGAUACCCUCUUCUCCUCUGACCCCCCUGCUACUGGAUUGGGGACGAUUCGCUCCAUCCCCGAGUUCGGAAACGCCUCCGACACCGAAUACUCGGAGCCAUUCUUUGCUUCCCUUCGCAGCCAUGGGAAGUCGAGAAAGAAGAGGCGUGCAUACGAGACACCCCUUCAUUUCAGACAAGACCUGCCUCCUCCCCCAGCUAGUCGACGUUCGUCAUCUACCUCGGUCAAGGCAAUAUUCGCCCCUAUGUCCUCCGACGCAGAAACUCUCGUUAUUAGGCGGUCUUCACCAAUAGCGCGUAACCAAGUCGAUCAAGAGCUCCAGGAUGUCAUCUCGCAGACUUGCUUGACUGCUCGCUCGCACGCGUUCAGUCGCGAGCUAGAGCUCUUCCAGGUGCCGAAGACGACCAGGUCAGCUUUUAGCCGGUCAAAUUCAAGCAUUGGCAUGGCACGUUUGUCCAAGCACGAGAGCGUUCGCGUUCCUCGGCGUAGGACGACGGAGAGCUUCGAGAGCCUGGGAUCGAAGGGGCAUCCUCCCCUAAGCCAUGCCAGGGUGGCCAGCCGCAAGAAUGUCAAGAAGCUUAGUCUUACCUCGAUCUCGUUGAAGGACUUCGACGGUUCUGCGCUAUCGUCAGCACAAGAAGUCGUAUCGUCGCCGAAUCCUUCUCCACCCUCUUCAAAGUCUUCAUCUCGCGUUCCAACCAUUCUUUUCGCUGAACCCAACACUCCCCCGGUAUCGACCACUCCACCCCCACCGCCUUCGGCGACUUCCGAAACCACGCCGCAGAAAUCGCGUUCAUUUGUCCGCAACGUCAAAGGCUUGUUCCACUUUCGGCCUGGCUCUCCAGUCUCUCCGGUGUCUGUCAUCAUCAGUCAGCCCAGCCAACAGUUCAUUCCCAUUCAAUCGUCUGCAGCACCUCCUGCGUCGUCGGAGCAGCAACCACCUUCGCAGAGCGUGUUGUCUCGAUGGGCGAAUCAUUCUCUAAGGCGACGCACUCGGAGCGUACCUGACGAACCCGAUAAUAAUUUGCUCUUCGAUGGACUGGAGAAGGUAUCUUCUAUUUACCCGUCGAGACCGGGAUGUGACCUGUCAGUCUAG